CCGAGACGAGGCGAGACAGAGGCAGAAAACAGUCCAGACGUGUGGGCGGACACUUCGGCUCAGAUUCGCAGUCUUUUCCUCCUGCUAGAUCACUAUGAACGUAUCUGGUUUUGGCACUGCGUCGGUGCAGCAAGUGUUCCCCUUCCAUGAUGGCUGGAACGUUGCCUGCUUUGUAAUCCUCCUCCUCUUCAUCAUCACCGUACUCUCCCUCGCUACUCUGGCCUUCCUCUACGAGCUGCUCGACUGUGCCUGCUUUGACAAGACCAAGACUGCGAGCAACCGACGCGGCACCAGCGAUGAAAUCGUAUAGGCGGAGCACGGACGGCCAUGAAGCCAAUGCUGGAACUGUUGAGUGAUAAACUCGCAACUUGGAUGGAUGACG